AAUGACUUUAAUGUGUGGAUUGGGGCAAAGGGAUUGGGGGUAGCGAUGGGGCAGCGUUAGCUGAUGGCGUCCUAAACCGAAAAUUUUAAAGGAGAAGCUGGGAGAAGCUGAACUCGCUGAACUUCCCAUCUCCCGACUUGCUGUGGCUUCUUCGAGAUCCGGAGAUGUCAGGCAUGGCGAUCCGAUUGACCUGAUGGCGACGUGCUCGGACGUGGCCAGCGAGUACCUGUGCAUCGAGCGGAAGCAGUGCGAGCUGCUCCUCGGCAUCCCGUACGGGGACAAGGUGUCGCACGUGUACAGCCCGGUGGACUAUGCGCGCGAGACCCACGAGUGCUUCGUGCGCAAGUACUGCACCGGCGCCAAGACGGUCAUCUUCCUUGGCAUGAACCCCGGACCGUUCGGCAUGGCACAGAACGGGGUUCCCUUUGGAGACACGGAGUAUGUGCGCAAUUGGCUCGGGAUCGAAGGUGAAGUGGGCAAGCCAGCGUGCGAGCAUCCUAAGAGGACCAUUGUGGGACUCAACUGCCCUAGGAAAGAUGUGAGCGGCCAGCGUUUCUGGGGCCUCUUCUCAGAGCUGUGUCCAAGCGCACAUGCGUUCUUUGGACCCUGCUUUGUGCACAACUACUGCCCCCUGGUGUUCCUGAUGCCCUCGGGGGCGAACCUGACCCCCAACAAGCUGCCCGCCCAAGCCCGCUCGGCCAUGCAGGCGGUGUGUGACGAUGCCCUGGUGGCGGUGCUGAGUCUUCUGCGGCCGAAGUUGGUGCUCGGUGUCGGCUGCUACGCCAGGGACCGGGCAUCGGCGGUAAUGCGCAAGGUGGGCGACUCCCUGGGCAGUCCCACGGUGGCCUGCCUUACGCACCCGAGCCCAGCCAGUCCAAAAGCCAACCGUGGGUGGAAGGCGCUGGCUCUGGCAGAGCUGGACAGCCUGGGUGUUCUCGGCUGCCUCGGAGGGCAACCUCCGUGAGGACUGGAAAGUGUGCUGCAGGGACAUUGUGGAAAGGACUCUAAUCGCCGUCUUUUCUCGGAGGUUGUGGACACUUCCACGUCCAAUCUUUCCCGGUUGAAGCUGGGACCGUUGCCACUAGCCCCGUGCACAGGGUCGCAUGGUGCAGAGUUGAACCUGCACCGUGCGCCGAACCAUCCCUGGUGGCAGAGUUGCAGUGUACCAUAUUGUGCCCCUCCACUACAAGGUGCAAAGCAGAUUAACGAGCUAAUUGAUAUGAAUUUUGCCAGCCACUGGGGCACAUUUGGUUUGCCUGCAGUUCCAAUGCUGGUAUACAUCACUUGUUUAAUCUUGCGGUGUUUGUAGACUGAAGACAACGCUGGCGUGGCCUUGAGGCAUGCAAUGGGAGGCCGCACUGUUGGGCCUGGGAAGUAAGAGUGUGGCCCGAUUGCCCAAUGUCCAGAUCCUGUCACAUAUGCCUCGUUUCGAAAAUUUUGUUUUUAAAGGGAAACUGAAAAAAACUUUCAGUAUUCCACUCUGGUGAAGAAAGAAGACCAGCAGCGGAUGCCCUCAAGGACGAUCUCAAGGAUGCCGCCUACAGGAUGACAUCUAGGACGACCUCAAGGACGACUUCUCAAACGACGCCUAGGACGACCUCAGGGACGACGCCUAGGACGACCUCAAGGAUGACCUCGUGGACAAUGUCUAGGACGACGCCAAGGAGUUCAUCUAAGACAACCUCGAGGACAACAUCUAGGACGACCUCAAAGAUGACUUCUAGGACGACCUCGAGGAGAACCUCUCGGACGACUUCAAGGACAACGUCUAGGACGACUUCCAGGACGACGCCUAGAGAAAUUCAGCCUUUCUACUUUGGUGAAGACCAGAGUGGAGAGGCUGGAAAGGUUGCCGCCAUUUAUGAGCGACGGCGGCAGCCAGACAACCGGCAAGCUGGUUAUCUGGUUGCCGCUGUCGCUCAUAGAUGGCAGUAGCUGUCCUGAGUUUUGUGUCAAGAUUUAUUUGUCCACGGACACGAAACAGGGGAAACUAGCCCUUGACAGCUGCACUGUAAAAAUUGAAACAUACCUCCCACAUUCAGAAAUAAGUUAAAUGCGAUC